GAUGAUUCCAUAUAUUGUGGAGAAUGAGUGGAUAAUAUACGGGGGAGCCGUUUUAAGCGGGGUAUCUGGUGGGUGUCUGUGGCCAGCCCAGGGACAGUACAUGAUAGAAAACUCCUCACCUCUAACUACGGCCAGAAAUGUGGGCAUUUUCUGGACAAUAUUUAGGUCUUCGAGUCUGUACGGUAACCUGUUUGUCUAUUAUAAGUUCAACGGAAAGCAGCAUAUUGACCAGUCUACAAGACGGACAGUGCUGUACUUCUUGGUGGGAAUAAACAUAAUGUCAGUAGCAUCACUCAUGGCUCUUCCUAAAUCUUCCAGUGACUGUAAAACAGAGGGCUACAGUCCUACAAAAACAGUGAAGAAGUUUUGGGCUAUCCUUAACUCACGCAAGAUGCUUUGGCUUAUAUUCACAUUCAUCUAUACAGGUUUGCAACAAGCAUUUGGAGAAGGAAUAUAUAGUCCGAGUAUUGGAUUCACUUUGGCAUUUGGGAAUUACGGCAAGGAGUUGGUGGCACUUAGUGGCAUCGUAAUGAGUAUCGGCAGUCUAAUUGGUGGAUUGUGCCCCAUUGUGUUCUCCAAAUGCAUCAGAAGACACAGAUAUGCUCGGAGAUCAAUAGUCCUGAUCGGCUGCUCGGGCCAGCUGUUGGCUUAUCUUAUCACAUUCAUCAACCUACCAGACACUGCGGUGUUUGGCGACACUGAUCAACUGAGUCUCAUAACUCCGAGUGUAACGCUGGCCAUGAUAGGAAGUCUACUUCUGACCUUUGGUGAUUCUUGUUUAAACACUCAAAUCUUCUCCAUCAUUGCCGAACUAUUUCGAGAGAGUAGCGCCGAGGCAUGUGCCUUUUACAAGGUCAUCAAGGCUUCCGCCAUUGCUACCAGUUUCUACGGAUGUAGCCACAUCGGACUGCACGUUCAAGCAGCGAUCCUGUCAACGAUGGCUCUCGUUGGCGUUUUCUUUUUCUUCGUUGCCGACAGCGACAUCGCUGCAGCUACUAACGAAAUCAAGACAGUUCCUCAAGACAUAGAAACAAGUCAAAACAAGAAAAUAUGAAUGUUUUCUUCCAACAUGGUUCAUAAUUGUCCAAUUUUAUGGUUUCAAGUCUGUUUGUAUUUCCAGCUUCACGGACGUUUUAUACUUAUUUCGUAAUAAAAUGACAUCAAAAACAA